AUUUCUUUUAUCCAGAGUUAUCAAUCAGUAAUAAAAUUUAAAAAAUAAGAUCAAGAAAACGAAAUUAGGAAUAAGGAUAAAUGCCACAUUAUCAAAUGCCACGUGGAUCUGAUGUGGCAUCUAACAUGGCCUUAUACAAGACAUUGCUAGGUGCAACCAGGACUGUGACCUGGGUAAAGAGCAACAGAACUGGCCAUGCCCUGUAUGCAACCAGGACAUGCCUUAUGCUUGCUGUACUAAUGAAAGGUGCUUGCUUUGCCUGCCCAAGACCAGAGGUCAUGUGCAAAGCGACCUCUUGAGAUCUCUCACCUACCCUUCACCUACAGCACCAAUUCAUAGCACACCGCCAAAAUCUACACCAUGCAAUAAUUUCUCUUUUUCAUGUGUUGUAAAGUGACUCAAUUGAUGUUAGGGAGCAAAUAGCUCUUGGUUUUAUACUUUUAUUUUAUUUUAUUUUUGUUGUACAAUAAAAUAUAUUUUUUUAU